AUGCCGGGCUACCUGCCCCCGGACCGACGCCGGACCAAAACGACGGUCGUGAGCAAAAAACCGACGCUCGCGAUGAAAAUGAUGGCGCCAGCACCAGUACAUCUACGCAGCAGGAGGAGCUGGUGGACACGAAGAAUCACAAAGCUGUGCUGCUUGUGUGAAGAGCUGAAUACCUUCACACCACAGGGAGUUGUCGCUCCCUGUGGGGUAGACUUUCAUGUGCUUCUAGGCCGAUCCCGAGCCUUUGUGCAAAACAGUUUUUAUGAGCCUUCAAGACCAAGAGCGAGACCCGAACUGUUUAUAGUUUUGAAAGCAGAUUUAUCCUUGAGCAAAAAAAUGCCUGCGCAUUAUUAA